CCGAGCUGGGGCCCCGGAGCCGGUUGCCGCGGGCUUUCUCGGCCCUCUGGAGCCACCCCCUGCGGCCAGGGCCCUUUCACCGCCUCGGGCCGCCCCCGCACCCCGCCCUUUCCCGGGGAACCUCACCCCGGCACGACUGGUCCCCGGCCUCUUCCCCUUUCCCUCCCCUGCCAGGAGUCCCAGCCUCCUUUUCUCAUCCUCGGCUGCGGGGUCCCUUCCUCCCCUGCUCUCUCCAGCUGCGGGGUCCCGGCCUCCUCUUCCCUUUCCCAGCUGCAGGGUCCCGGCCCCCCUCUCCGCAGUUACUAGGUCCCAGCCUCUCGUCCCUACCUUUCCCGGCUGCGGAGGCUCCGCCUCAGCCCCCUUCCCCAAGCUGCGAUUUCCAGUCUUCUCUGCCUCCUUCCCAAGCCGUGGGUACCAUCCUCCCCCUGUCCUCCCCAAUUUCUCUUCUUUCACCGGGCUAUCUCCUUCCUAGCUGGCCAUCUAACUUCCCCUCCCUCUUUCCCUCCCAGCUUCUCUCUCCUCUUCCCGCCAGUCCCCUCCCCGGUGGAGGGAAGACUUAGCUCUCUCUUCUUGCCCACAGCUGGGAAUCCUAGCCCUCCCCCUUCUUCCCUCUCCUUUCCCCAGUCCUGGGAUUUCCAGAGUCUCCUCAUCUUCCUUUUCCUUUCCUCUCUCAUAUGGAAAUCCUAGUGGUCUCUCCCCUUCACCUCCCCCCUAGUUCGUGGUCUGUGGGCAUCCCUUUCCACCUGGCCCUGUAGCUCUCUUCCCUCUAAGAAGAGCAGUUCUGUAAUCUUUUAAAGCAUGAGCUUUUCUUAGUGAUUCCUGUUUAAUUUUGCCCUUGUCCCCCUGUUUUCCCCCCAGCUACCUCCAGUUCAUUUCCAUUCUUUGAGCUGUUAGAUUUGUGUGCCUCUCUCUAGACUCUUUGCUGCCUAUGUCCCAGACCCUGCUUUUCCCUUGUUGAGGUUGGAGGGACCCUUCCCCCAGAGAGGAGCAGAAGAAGAUGCCAGGGCCUGGCUUCUGUGGCCUCUCCCGACUCCGGGUGUUCCCCUCUGUGUUUGUGGUGGCUGCCCUGCUGGGGUUGCUUCCAGUUCUCAGGAGCCAUGGGCUACAGAAUACAGUGACAUCGAAGGUGUCCACCAUGGGGUUGUACAUAGGUCCUGGGGAAGGGGAUGUCACCUCAGCUCCACCAGAAGUCGGCCAUGAAGUCCAUUCGAUGACCAACCACUCCAGCACCAGCCAUAAGAAGAUUCGCAAGCUUUUCCCUGUCCUGGACCUUGACUAUCAUCAUGUGCAGACCCCCUUCGAGAUCUCCCUCUGGAUCCUGCUAGCCUGUCUUAUGAAGCUGGGUUUCCAUGUGAUACCCACCCUCUCCAGCAUCGUCCCUGAGAGCUGCCUGCUGAUCGUGGUGGGGCUACUGGUGGGGGGCCUCAUCAAAGGAGUUGGGGAGAGCCCACCAUUACUGCAGUCGGAAAUCUUUUUCCUUUUCCUCCUGCCCCCCAUCAUCUUGGAUGCUGGCUACUUCCUGCCCCUGCGCCCAUUCACAGAGAACCUGGGCACUAUCCUGAUAUUCGCCGUCGUGGGCACACUGUGGAAUGCCUUCUUCAUUGGCGGGCUCAUGUAUGCUGUGUGCAAGGUUGGAGGCCCCCAAAUCAAUGAGAUCGGCCUCCUGGAAAACCUACUGUUUGGUAGCAUCAUCUCUGCUGUAGACCCUGUGGCAGUGCUGGCCGUGUUUGAGGAGAUCCACAUCAAUGAGCUGCUGCACAUCCUUGUGUUUGGGGAGUCCCUGCUCAAUGAUGCCGUCACUGUCGUGCUGUACCAUCUCUUUGAGGAGUUUUCCGGCUUCCCCCAAGUGACCUUACGGGACAUUGUCCUGGGCUUCCUGAGCUUCUUCGUGGUCUCGCUGGGGGGGCUGUUUGUGGGGGUGAUCUAUGGCAUCGUCGCGGCCUUCACUUCCCGCUUCACAUCUCACAUCCGGGUCAUCGAGCCGCUCUUCGUCUUCCUCUACAGCUAUAUGGCUUACCUGUCGUCCGAAAUCUUUCACCUGUCCGGCAUCAUGGCACUCAUUGCCUGUGGGGUGAUAAUGCGCCCCUAUGUGGAGGCCAACAUCUCCCACAAGUCUCACACCACCAUCAAGUACUUCCUGAAAAUGUGGAGCAGCGUCAGCGAGACACUCAUCUUCAUCUUCUUGGGGGUCUCCACCGUGGCGGGCUCCCACCACUGGAACUGGACCUUCGUCAUCAGCACGCUGCUCUUCUGCCUCAUCGCCCGAGUCCUGGGUGUGCUGGGCCUCACAUGGUUCAUUAAUAAGUUUCGCAUUGUGAAGCUGACCCCCAAGGACCAAUUCAUCAUCGCCUAUGGUGGCCUUCGUGGGGCCAUUGCCUUCUCCCUGGGCUACCUCCUGGACACAAGACACUUUCCAAUGAGGGACCUGUUCCUCACAGCCAUCAUCACUGUCAUCUUCUUCACUGUCUUUGUGCAGGGCAUGACUAUCCGGCCUUUGGUGGACCUGCUGGCUGUGAAGAAGAAGCAGGAGAGCAAGCGGUCCAUCAGUGAGGAGAUCCACACCCAGUUCCUGGAUCACCUUCUGACGGGCAUUGAGGACAUCUGUGGCCAUUAUGGCCACCACCACUGGAAGGACAAAAUUAACCGGUUCAACAAGAAGUAUAUAAAGAAGUGUCUGAUUGCUGGAGAACGCUCCAAUGAACCCCAGCUUAUUGCCUUCUACCACAAGAUGGAGAGGAAGCAGGCCAUUGAGCUGGUAGAGACAGGGGCUAUGGCCAAGAUGCCUUCCCCUGCAUCUGCUGUCUCCAUGCAAAACAUUCAUCCCAAGGCCACGACUGCACGAAUUAUGCCAAAACUGUCUAAGGAUAAAGAGGAAGAGAUUAGAAAUAUUCUCCGUAACAACCUACAGAAGACGAGACAACGAUUAAAAUCCUACAACCGACACACAUUGGUGGCUGAUCCUUACGAGGAAGCCUGGAACCAGAUGCUGCUGAGGAGACAGAGGGCUCUGCAAAUGGAACAAAAGAUCAAUAACUACCUGACGGUGCCAUCCCAAACACCGGAAUCUCCUACCAUGAACAGGGCUCGAAUUGGCUCAGAUCCUCUACCCUAUGAUCCAAAGCCUAAUUCUGAAAACCUGCCCAUCAUUACCAUCGAUCCUGCCUCGCCUCAGUCCCCGGAGUCUGUGGACCUGGUGAAUGAAGAACUGAAGAGUAAAAACCCCGUGCCAGAUGAGGAAGACGAUGCAGGCCUUGUGAUGCGACCCCAAGAGCCUUCAUCCCCGGGCACAGACGAUGUCUUCACCCCAGAGCCGAGUGAUAGCCCAGGCACCCAGCGAUUGCUCCGAUGCCUCAGUGACCCGGGGCCCCGGCCAGAGCCAGGAGAGGGGGAGCCCUUCAUCCCCAAGGGCCAGUAGCACAUGGGCCACACUGCCCCUGCCCCACCUUUGCUUGGUGUGCCCCCUCUUCCCCAGCAGGGGCCAGGAGCCACUCCCCUUCCUUACAGCAUGGCAGCUGGGCUCCAGCACGGCUUCUCACCCCCGUUGGGCAGUGCCCACCCCACAGAAGAAGGCACGGUGGAUGCCACUGAAAAGCUUUAUUCCUCUCCCUCCCUGUGCCCAUUCCCUCCUGAGGACAGUAUACACAUCUCUCCUUGGGGCUGGACAAGCAGUUGGCAUCUGUAGUUUCACCCUCUCUGAAUGUUCCAUCACCUUCAAAAGCUGGAUCUUCAGGGUCUUGGCCAGGACUCGGGGCUCUCCCUACUGGGCUCUCAGUUGUUGGACCAGCCCCUCCUUACCCAGUGGGCAAGGCCUUCCUCCCCUGCCUACUUCCAAUAGGCUUUUGUUCUCCUUAAGACCUAUUGGUGACUCUAACCAAAGAACAUCCCUCUCCCAGGCAGGCGCUCCCUGCCCAGCUGGCCUCUUUGAUCUCGCUCUGGCUGGGGUGUGGAAUCUCAAAGCAAUGCAGCUGUCUGCCCCUGCCUGCCCCCAGCCCCUCGUUCAAGUCAGCCAACCAAUAUCUAGUGAGGACCCACUGGACUGCGACAGCAAGCCAGCGGGGGAGCAGGGACCCCGUCCCUGCCUGCCUGCAGCACGAGACGAGGAGAAGCCAGAGUGGCCCCGGGGAUGCCAGGAGAGCGGGGGUCCUGCCAACCCUAGAGCACAUUCGCCGAGGCCUCGGAAGCCGGCCCAGGUAGAGCGGAGCUUCAUCCAGCUGCCCCCGAGUCCAGAGCUCUCCGUCGUGGCCCUCUUGUUUUGACAGGUUCUCCUCUAAGGUGGGCCCCAUCCCCGCUGCCCCCAGGGGUCCUGCUUAUAGAAACGCUGAUCCCCCGUGGUGUCCUGGUCUUCCCCCACCCCCAUUUCCAUUGCCUGAGGAUCUCUGGGACUAAGCCAGUGACACCCAAGCAAUUUCCCUAGGGGAGCCCCUUCCCACAGACUCCCUUUCUGUUCUGUGCCUCCCUUGUCAGUCCCCGACUUUUAAUCAAGGACUCCCUUCCCCCAGUACAUGUCUGCGUAUCCCUAGGAUUCCUGGUUGGGAGUAUAUGGCCUCAGGGCAACCUCCCUUCACCAGGGUCCAUAGAAGCAGCCCCCACCAACCCCCCACCACCCCACAAACACACACAACCUUGCCCUUGCUUUCUGUCUCAGUGUCUGUGAUCCCAGAGGAGCCCAGGAGGUCAGGGGCUGCUCAGGAACCCCAAGGAGAGGGUCUGAGGCCCCCGCUGUCCCCCCACUGUGAUUGUGCAAUAAUAUUGUGUCCCCUCUACACACACACACACACCGGCCUGGCUGCCCCUCACCACUACCCUCCCUUGCCCGGGUGAGCCCGCUGCCCCUGGCAGAAAUCUUUAGCCAUGAGGAGGCUGCCGAAGCAUCGGGCAGUGGUCACCCCCACCCCCACCCCUUCCCCUUCCUCCCUGUGUAUAAAAUGAAACAAAUCUUUUUCAUAUUCUAAUAAAUUAAUGUGAAUUUUUAA